AAGAUGAAAUUUAUUCUAACAGCUUGUAACUAGGUGAGGGUCUGCUAUAUAAAACAAUAGAUUUGUGAUGAUUUCAUUCAGUUAUUAUAGUGUUCUUAUUCGGGUACAAUUGCGUUGGUGAACAAACUCGUACUUGCAAAAUGAAUUUAAUCCUUUUUACGGUGGUAGCGACCAUUGGCUAUGCAACAGCUCAGAGCGAACAGUACACGGAUAGGUAUGACUCAUUAAGGAUAGAUGACGUACUGGCUAACAAGAGGCUCACGGCGGCAUAUAUUAAAUGUAUGCUGGAGAAAGGAAAAUGUACCGCCGAGGGAAGAGAGCUGAAAUCUCACAUCACAGAAGCGCUACAAAAUGGUUGCAGCAAAUGUACCCAAAAACAAUUGGCCGGCGUUAAAAAGGUUAUCAAACAUCUUAUCAACAAAGAAAACGCUUACUGGGUGGAACUUACAGAUAUGUAUGACCCCAAAAAAGAGUACAGGCAUAAAUACGAAAGAGAACUCAAAUCUUUGUAGAUAAUAAUUAGGAAAUGACUUAAUCUAUUUCAAAAUGGCUGUUCAAAAUAAUGUUAGCUAGGUAUUUGUUUAUUAUAAAUAAUUGUAAUUGUUAAAACAUUUUUUUGUUUGUUUUCAUAACUCGUCUCAGUGUUACUGUUAAGAAAAAUAAUAAUGUUAUUUUAAUAUUUUUUUGUGUGGCAACAUUGAGCAUUUCGCCUCUUUUGUCUUUCUCUUGUAAAACUUGUUUCUUAUAAUAAAGUUUUAAGUUAAAA